AUGCACAGCGAAAUCCCUGUCGCAGAGGACAUCACGUUCAAUGAGGAGAGCAUGUUUGCGGAUACCAGCAUUGCUGCUUUGGACGAGGAGUCGAGGGAGCAGGAGAGGUAUCGUCAUUUGCAAGAGGCGGAGCUGACGGGCGUCGCUCAAGAUGAGCUUGACUUGGGCAUUGAAAGAGAUUUGGAUGACAGUGUGCCAGAGGCAGGCAGCUAUCAACACACUGACAGCGAGCUUGAAGACUCGGACGACAACGAGGAUGACGAGGAUGAUGAAGAUGAAGAGCAGAGUGAAUUGGAACAGCAGGAGGACGAGCAGAGCGAGUUGGUUGGAGCAGUCAUGCAACGCAGUCGCAGCAGCCUGUUAAGCAGAGACGUGAGUUCGCUCCUCGACAGCUCCUUUGUCACCAGCAGUCCUGCACCCGCCGGCCGUCUGAAGUCUGCCGGCCACACAGCCAACCAGAGAUAA